AUGGAUUCAGUGACCACUCAAUUAUUAGGAGCCUCUUCCGUUUCUUCUUUCAACCAUUCAUGGGCAUAUGAUGUCUUUCUCUGUUAUAGAGACGCGGAUACCCACAACAAUUUCACAGACAAUUUGUACAGAAAUUUGCUUCAAAGGGGAAUUAAAACCUUCCUUGCCGAUGAGCUUAUCAGAAGAGAAGAAGAACUACUAUUAAUGCCAACGCUUUUUAAAGCGAUUGGAGAGUCAAGGAUUUCUAUCAUCGUAUUCUCCGAGAAUUUUGCAUCUUCAGUCUGGUGCUUGGAUGAACUGGUUGAGAUCCUUCAAUGUAGAGCAGCAAAGCAGAAAAUUGUUUGGCCAGUUUAUUACAAGGUGGAUCUCAUAGAUGUGCGCAACCAACAAGGCAGUUUUGGUGAGGCAUUUGCUAACCAUGAAAACAAAUUCAGAGAUAACAUGGAGAAGGUGCUGAGAUGGAGGGCAGCUCUUAGAGAAGCAACAAAUUUGCCGGGGUGGUAUUUCUUGGACGGGCACAAUUCUAAAUUUGUUCAUAACAUUGUUGAAGAAAUUUCAGCACAAGUAUUAAACCGAACUUAUUUCAAUGUGGCAAAGUAUCCAGUUGGAAUAGAGUCUCGCGUACAAGAUAUAAGUGAGCUUUUAGGAAUUGGGGUAAAUGAUGUUCGCAUGUUAGGAAUAUGGGGGCCGAAUGGAAUAGGUAAGACAACAAUUGCUAAAGCUGUUUAUAAUUCGAUUGCCCAUGAGUUCGAAUGUAGCUGUUUUUUGGCAAGUGUAGGAGAAAAUUCAGUGGCACCUGGAGGCCUAGUCAAACUACAAAAGAUUGUUCUUUCUGAGAUCCUAGGAGAGAAACAAUUGGACUGGACCCAUGUUGAUAAAGGAAUCAAUGUGAUAAAGAAAAUAUUGAGCCACAAGAAAGUCCUCUUAAUUCUUGAUAACGUGAAUCAAUUGGACCAAUUAAACAAAUUGGUUGGAGGGUCUGAUUGGUUUGGUUUGGGCAGUAGAAUCAUCAUAACAACAAGAGACAAACAUUUGUUAACCGCUCAUCAAGUUAACCUAAUAUACAAGGUGAAGGAAUUAUAUUUUGAUGAAGCUUUUGAGCUCUUCAGUUGGAAUGCCUUCCGAAGAAAUAAACUUCCUGAUGAUUAUGCGAAAGUCGCUACUGCAAUAGUGCACUAUGCUAAGGGGCUUCCAUUAGCUCUCACAAUUAUAGGUUCACUCCUAUGUGGUAGAAGCAUAGAUCAAUGGAAAGCUGCAUUGGAUGAUUACAAAAGAGUUGUUGACUUAGAGAUUCAAGACAUUGUCCAAAUAAGUUACGAUGCACUAGAAGAUCUGGUUAAAGAAGUUUUCCUUGACAUUGCAUGUUUCUUAAAAGAACCCUGA